UGAAAAAGUCAACACACUUUUGGAUCCUUUUAUUGCAUGUGGAGAAUUUGCCAUUUUUCGGUAACAGAUUGUUGAGGAAAAUAUUUAUUUUUAAAUACAUUAUACACUUAUGAUAAUAUUUAGAGAACUUCUACACUUAGAAAGUAUAUAUAUUAACAAUAAAAAAUGGGUAAAUCUAAAAAAAUCCGCAAAGGAGGUGAUGAGAGUGAGUCCGAUAAUGAAAACAGUACCCAGGAGGUAAUUGACAAAGCCAAAACAAAAAAGACCAAGCCAGUUAAAUCCCAAUCUACCAGUGAUGAAUCUAAAGAGGAAAAAGCAGACGCCAAGAAGGCAAAAGGUAAGAAAGAAAAGAAACAAGUGGACUCUGAAGGAUCAGACACUGAAGUGGUUUCCAAAGUGAAAAAAUCCUUCGCUCUUCUUCAAAUCGAUGAUGAAGAUUCAGACGAUAAUUCUAAACCCGCGGCGGAGGACGACGAUGAUGAAAGUGAGACAAAACCAGCUAAAAAGGACAGUAAAAAGAAAUCUAGUGAUGAAAGGACUACAAAAAACCAGGGGGGUAAAAAGGGGAAAAAGAAUAGGAAACGUGAUGAUAGUGAUGAAGAUAUAGAGAAAGUGUUAGCUGAAUUAGAAAUGGAGUAUGCAGGUAUUAAGAAGGAACCUGAACCGUCCAGUGAGGAAAAGCCUGUAGAAAAAGUGAAGGAAAAGAAAAAAGACAAAAUGGAAGAACCAAAAGGUGAGGAAGCUGAAGAAGAUUCAAAACCAGAAGAGGGCAGCACUGUGAAAACCGCAGCACAAAAGAAAAAAGAGAAGAAAGAGAGAGAAAAACAAAAGAAAUUAGCACAGAAAAAGCAAGACGUACCUAAAGAGGGUUCUGAAGAACCUGCUGAACACCAAGAGCAAUCAAAACCAGAAGGGGCUGAAAAGAAACCUGAAGUAAAAGACAAAGAUGAUAAGCAAGAAGAUGAUGACCAAGAGGGUGAUAAGAAGAGCAAAAAGAAGAAGAAGAAGGGCAAAGAAGAUGAUGAGAAAGAUGCCAAAGACGCAAAGGAUGCGAAGAAAGGUCCCGGCAAGAAAGCCAUAGCAGCUAUGCAAGAGGCUCUGAAAAAAAUGAAAGAAGAAGAAGAACGUUUGAAAAAGGAAGAAGAGGAACGUUUAAAACGAGAAGAGGAAGCAGAACAGGCCAGAUUAGAGGCGCUGAGGUUAGAACAAGAAAGAAAGGAGAGAAAGAAGCAGAAAGAAAAGGAACGCAAAGAAAGACUGAAAGCCGAAGGAAAACUAUUGACUGCCAAACAAAAGGCUGAUAGAGCUAGGGCUCAAGCAUUAAUAGAUAGUUUGAAAGCACAAGGUGUAGAAUUACCCGAUGUAGGCGAGAAGAAACCACGACUGGGAACGAGGAUAAGGCCGAACAAGCAGAAGAAGGAGCAAACUCCAGUUCCCAAAGCUGAAGAACAAGAGGAAAAAAUAGAAAAAGAAGAAUCUCCCAAAGAAGAAGCAGUUGCUGUACCACCAGUAGAAACAAAAGAACCGGAACCAGAAGAUGAUGUCAAAGACGCUUGGGAUGCAUCGUCCGAAGAAGAGGAUGAAUCUCAAGAGACUGAUAUUAAAGCACAUGAAUCAGGAAAACCAUCCGAAUCGAAGGAAGCGCACGAUGAUGAGGAAAGCAGCUCUGAGGAUGAAGACGAUUCGGACAGUGAAGAAGAGGAGAGUGAUUCUGAGUCAGAUGAUGACGAUGAUGACGGUAGAACUGCUGCGGAAAAGGCUCGUGAUAGAGCUCUGGAAAGAAUCAAACUUCGGAAAGAAGAUGCAGAGAAGAACAAAUCUCCAGACAAUUUGAGAGCUGCUAUUGUUUGUGUACUUGGACAUGUAGAUACAGGAAAAACGAAGAUUUUAGAUAAAUUGAGGAGGACCAAUGUGCAAGAUGGUGAAGCUGGUGGCAUUACUCAACAGAUCGGUGCCACGAAUGUGCCUAUUGACGCUAUUAAGGAACAAGUUAGGAUUGUUAGAGGGAUAAAUGAGAAAGAUAUGAGAAUUCCCGGACUUCUAAUCAUCGACACACCCGGUCACGAGUCCUUCUCCAAUCUUCGAAAUCGUGGUUCUUCACUCUGUGACAUCGCUAUAUUGGUCGUAGAUAUUAUGCACGGUCUGGAACCCCAAACUAUUGAAUCCAUCAAUAUAUUAAAAAAUAAGAAGACGCCUUUUAUCGUAGCACUGAACAAAAUUGACAGGUUGUAUGACUGGCAGACUAUGAACAGGAAAGACAUUAGGGAUGUAUUGAAAUCCCAAGCCGGAAAUACACAGAUGGAGUUCGAACAGAGGACCAAAGAGGUCGUUGUACAGUUUGCUGAACAAGGAUUGAACGCUGCUCUAUUCUAUGAAAACCCUGAUAUUCGUAACUACGUCUCUCUGGUUCCUACAAGUGCAAUCACAGGAGAAGGAAUGGGAAAUUUGCUGGCUUUAAUAGUAGAAUUUUGUCAAACAAAGUUAACAAAACGUCUCAUGUAUUCUGAUGAGCUUCAAGCCACAGUUCUAGAAGUAAAAGCCAUUCCUGGUUUAGGUACUACCAUUGAUGUCAUUUUGGUAAACGGUACUCUAAGAGAAGGAGAUACAAUGCUGUGCGCCGGUACUGACGGUCCUAUUGAGACUCAAAUUAGGUCGUUGCUUAUGCCGCAACCUCUGAGGGAACUACGUGUGAAAAACGCUUAUAUUGAAUACAAAGAAAUUAAAGCGGCUCAAGGAGUGAAGAUCGCAGCCAAAGAACUGGAAAAGGCAAUUGCCGGGUUGAACCUCUAUGUGGCCCACAAGUCGGACGAAAUCGAUAUAAUGAAAGAGGAGGUGGCUAGAGAACUUAAAUCUGCUUUGUCGAACAUCAAAUUAGCCGAUAGAGGAGUGUAUGUGCAGGCAUCUACACUGGGAUCUCUUGAGGCUUUAUUGGAGUUCUUGCGAACUAGCAAAAUACCGUACUCUGGAAUCAGAAUAGGACCUGUAGUGAAGAAAGACGUGAUGAAGGCAUCUAUUAUGUUGGAACACGAAAGUCAGUACGCAACAAUCCUAGCAUUUGACGUAAAAGUGGAACGAGAUGCUCAAGAGCUCGCCGACAGUGUGGGUGUCAAGAUCUUCCAAGCAGACAUUAUUUACCAUCUCUUUGAUAAGUUCAUGGCGUACCGAGAGGAGCUCAAGCAGAGGAAACGUGAAGAGUUCAAACAUAUCGCCGUGUUCCCGUGCAAACUCAAGAUAUUGCCUCAGUUCGUGUUCAAUUCCCGAGAUCCCAUCGUUGCUGGCGUUAUGGUGGAAGCCGGGAUAGUCAGAGAAGGAACUCCCAUCUGUGUUCCCACUAAAGAGUUUUUAGACGUUGGUAUUGUGACUAGUAUAGAAAGUAACCAUAAAACAGUGGAGAGCGCUAGAAAAGGAAUGGAAGUGUGUAUAAAGAUAGAACCAGUUCCUGGGGAGUCACCUAAGAUGUUCGGCAGGCAUUUCGAUGAAACAGACUUCCUGGUCAGCAAGAUAUCCAGACAAUCAAUCGACGCCUGCAAGGAUUAUUUUAGAGACGACUUACAGAAGACAGACUGGCAGUUGAUGGUGGAACUAAAGAAAAUCUUUCAAAUUUUGUAAUAACUGUGCAAUAUAUACUUCCCAAAUGGAUGAACUAUCCAUUCUCCUCAGUAUUUCUUCAAACUGCUUUUAUUUUCGAACGAUACAAAUUAUUUUAGGCUGGUAAUUUUUCCACUGAGAUUCUUGACAUAUGAUGACUUGAUCUAUUGAUUGACCUACAAAAGGGUGUUUUGAAUUGAUGUAUAUUUAUAUGAAUGAAUAAAAUAUUAUAAAUUGUUAA